UGUGGCUUAUACCACACCGCGGUCCUAGCCAGCUCGGACGGGUCAGUUGAGCGCUGGGAACAUGGCACUGAGCAAGGGGAUCACAGACAGAUCGAUCACAUAACAGAUUCUUUUUCUCUACCAAGUGAAGAAGAUGAGCCCCAGUAUUACAAGUUGGUAAAUAACCCCCUACUGUCGCAAAGCCCUGACCAGAAUUCAAGUGUCACCAUGGAGGACAUGUCCGCUCUUGUCAUUGACAAUGGCUCAGGCAUGUGCAGGGCAGGAUUUGCUGGGGACGAUGCACCACAGUCCGUUUUUUCAUCAGUAAUGGGCAGACCUCGCUCUGAUUUGGGUUGUCAAAUGCCAGGAUCGCCCAGAGAUUCAUAUGUUGGUGAAGAGGCCCAGGUGAAGCGAGGAAUCCUCGACUUGAAGCACCCUAUUGAGCACGGCAUUGUGACCAACUGGGAUGACAUGGAGAAGAUCUGGAACCACACCUUCUACCAUGAGCUGCGUGUGGCACCAGAAGAGCAUCCCUUGCUCCUGACCGAUGCUGCUCUCAAUCCGAAAGCAAACAGGGAAAAGAUGGCUGAGGUCAUGUUUGAGAAGUUCGAUGUGUAUUCACUGCACAUUGGGAUCCAAGCCGUGUUGUCUGUCUUGUCGUACGGCCGUGGGACUGCUCUGUCUGUGGAGUGCGGUGAUGGAGUUUUACAAAUUGUGCCCGUCUACGAAGGAUUUAUACUGAACAAACCCAUCCAAAGGCUUGACGUUGGCGGCAGAGACCUCACCAACUACCUUGUAGACAUGCUAGCAGAGCGGGCACUCGAUUUCUCAUCAUCCGGUGAUCGAGAGACUGUGCGUGACAUCAAAGAGAAGCUUUGCUAUUCAACUCAAAACUUCAAGAUGGAGCUGUAUAAUUUUCGGUAUGGUUGGAACCAGGAUAAGAAUUACACACUUCCCGACGGCCGGGUGAUCAGUGUCGGCAGUGAGAUGUUCCGCUGCCCCGAGGCGCUGUUCCAACCCUCCCUCAUUGGCUUGGAGACUGUUGGUAUCCAUGAAGCGGUCUACAAGAGCAUCAUGGAGUGUGGCAUGGACACUCGCAGGGACUUGUACUGCAACGUGCUGUUGUCUGGAGGCUCCACCAUGUUCCCGGGUUUCUCCGACCGUUUGCUGAAAGAGCUGGAGGCCCUAGCGCCGCAAGUGAUGAAGAUCAAGGUCAUCGCAGCACCGGAAAGGAAGUUCAUGGCUUGGAUUGGGGGCUCCAUUCUUGCCUCUCUGUCGUACUUUGAGAACAUGUGCAUCUCCAAGGAAGAGUUCAAAGAGAAAGGCCCUGCAGUUGUGGAUCAAAAGUGCCUUGACAGGGUGUUUCCGAAAGAAAGAUAGGCUGUGUCUGUCUGCCCAUUUCACUUUGUUAUGUUUGCCUCGUAAUAGUCCCAGCAACUGUUUGAAGCAAAUCUCGCAAAAAGGAUCUUACUUUGUGUUUACACGGAAUGGGGAGUACUUCCAAUCAUUAUAAAAAAAGAGUUCACUUCACAUAGAGGGUAUGACAUUGCUUUCAUAUGUAGACUAUUUCUUUUUAUUGCCAGAAGAUGGGUGUAUCAGUUUUAUUUUUUUAAUAAUUUGAUUACGACACAGAAUGUCAAAUUAUUAACCAUAAAGUAUGAAUAGUAUGAUUAUGGUUUAAACACAGUAAAAAUAGCUUCAUGUAUAUCACACAGUGGGGGUUAAAUGUUGGGCACAGAGGUCUGUAACCACCGAAAUUUUGAAAUUUGGAAGUUAUGUGCUGUUUUGCUUAGAACUGCCCAUUUUGACAUGAACAAUGACAUAUUGUUGGUAUGUUGCAUGCAAUGAUUCUGCUUUUCUUAGCCAGUCUGUAUAUAAUGUGUAGUUCAUGGUUUGUAAAUAUGUAGACUAAAAAGUGGAAUGGCCCUGAGGUCACUUUUGCACGUCCAAUCACCCUGAGUUUGACGAAAAGGGGGUCACUUGCAGCCCCUCCGGGUGCAUACAUGUAGAUAUACAAGGGUGUUGGAUAUCGCCAGUCCCUAUUGUUUUGUACACACCCCUGUCCAAAAUCAGAAAUUUUUGAAAAGAAACUUUUCAAAAUUUAUCAUUAAUAUGUUUUGAUUUAAUUACUUAGUCAUAUGGAAUGCUUUUAGUUUUCAAAUUUUUGUUGCUGGUCACUAUUGGCAUCAUGUUAGGGCACUGUAACCAGUCAAAAAAUUUGAGUAGAGUGACUGAUUGGAAAAUUACUUGAGGUCUUGAUGUGUGUCUAGUUCACACUGAAGCAGAUUUCUCUGGCCCAUGUUUGUGAACUGCACAUGUGAACCAGGAUAAAAGCCAGGAACAGGUGUGUUAUUUAUAACAACUUCAAUAAUUGCAUAGAAUUUUAUGGUAAAAAUAAAUUGAAUUGGAAGAAUGAGGUAGUCACAAUCAGGAAAUAUCUGAAUUUCACAAGGAUAGUUGCAGAAAAUACCAUUUCAAAACACAGAGCAUGUACAUUUUCGAACCCUACAAGGAAAAAUUCAAAAGCAUGAAAUGAUGUUUGUCUUUUAAAAAUAAGAAUACAGAGGAGUGAAUAUUUAGUAUGGUAAUUUCGUUUUUGUGUGAGAGUAUCAAGAGUACCUUUCACAUGUUUUGUCUGGAUAAACGGGGUAAAAAUUUAUCAGACACUUUGUGUAAAAUACCUUCAUGAUAUCCUGUCUUAUAUGUGUACUUGUAUUUUAUUUAGUUGACAGAUUUUUAACAAGUAUAAAAUACUUGAUAUAUUUACUGUAUUUAUAUUUUGUUAUUAGAAAGAGCAGCUUUGGAGAAAAGGGGUACAUUUUAUUUGAAUCUGAAUGUAUUUGCAAAAAUAGAUUAAAGCAUGUUCAAAAAUAAGAGUGGUUUUUA